CUUUCACACUCCCUUUUGGAAUUGAAGAAGAAAAUUGAGUGGGAACGUACAAUGGGAUGGUGCAUAACAUCAAGAGUAGAUCCUGGACAGUGAGCAUAUGAGAUUGAGAAAAACGACAACAAAAACUGACAACAAAACUGGGAUCAUAAUGGAAUACUCGUGAGAAAAAGGCCAGUCUGCAGUUCGUGAUAACAGUGAGUUCAAUUCUUUGUUGUGUUUUCCCUAUUUUAUUUGGAUUUUUAAUCAAAAAUCAAGCCAAAGACUGAGGAAGGAUGGGCUGCACACCCUCUCACAGUGACAUUGCUAAUACUAUUGCAAAGAGUGGUCUUAAGGCUUUGAAUAAACCCAAAAGUAUUUUGCGUAUUGAUCCAGGAGAUAAAGGAAUCCCACUGCUUGUUAAAGGUUCAUCUUGCUACAGUAUUGAUGAAUUCCACCAAUAUGGGAUCCAGAGGAAAGACUACCUGGGAGAAAAGGAAGAGCAGGACAAAAAUGAUAGUUUGCAGUUUUCUUCCAAGGCACAUUCAGAUCCCCAGAUUUCCAGGGAAGAGAGGAAAAUUGAGAGGGCAGCCACAGAUGCUGAAGCCGUUAUGUCCCAGCUGAUUGACUCUCAGAAACAUAUUACUGAGGCCAUACAGAUCAGAAAGCAGAGCUCCUGUGAAUCAGAAGCAUUGUCUUUCAUUUGGGAUGACAAGAAUGAGGGCAGUGCAAAUCAAAUCCCAAAGAAAGGGAAGAAGCAAAAAAAUAAGCUGGCAAAGCAACGUCGACCCAGCAAAAUUAAAGAAAAGUCCCAUUUGGCCCCAUGCGAGACAGAGAAAAAGGUAGAUUUCCCAGAACUGCUUGUUAGGGCUCAUCAGAGUGCAUAUGCCUACUUAAAUCCCAACCUCUCCAAGUAUGAAACUAUACUUCAUGUAGCCAACCAGGCCACCCAAACCCAGCUCUUCCUACAGCAGAUGGUAAGCUUUCUCGUGCUUUGCUUUGAUGAAAUCAACCAGCUCUUGGAAGAAAUUGCCAAUGAUGGGGAAAGUCUUCUCAAAGACGUAGGUGGGAAUCUGGCCUGGCCAGCAGAGAAAGGUGAUUUGAAGGAGCACCCUGAUCUUUUGCAACAACUACUGCAGUACACAGUCAAUAAGAUGCAGUUACUGAGUGGGACGCUGGCAUCCCUCACGUCUGAUGCCCUGCAGGAGACAUGCAGCUACCUGCAGUCUGCUGCAAGCAACUUGGAAGGAAAACUGAAAGCAAAGCAAAGCUUUGAUGAGCGCCUGCUCCGGAUGGUAAGGCUGCUUGAAGCCUCAACAGUGGGAUCCUCACAGUCCCACGGUGAUGACAGGACUCUCUGUUCUGAGGACAGUGGCAUUGGCGUGGACAGCGAAUCCCUCAAGGAGUUCAGUGCCCUCACCCAGCAUGGAGGACAAGCAAGCUGUGAUUCCUGUGCACAUGAACAUCUGUCCCAAAAGCACAGUAGAACAAUGGACCGCGUGCAUGAUAGGACAAAGUCACCAUGCACACCUGCCACCCAUGACUGUGCAUUUCAAAGGCAUUUUAAAGAUAUGUUUUAUUCAUCCAUGCAGGGUAGGGAAGCAACUUCUUCUCAGGGCAGAGUACCAGAAGGCAUUUCUACCAUGCCCCAAUGUGCAAGCUUGAGCAAAAGCCGCUCCUAUAACUCCUUCCAGUCUGACUCUACUCAGGAAAGCGAACAUUUCAAAAUCUGUGAAUCAAUAGAUUUUCCUGAUGAUGAUGACGACGAUGAAGAAGAGAGCACUCUGGAGGAGGAUGACGACAACACAAGUUUAUCAGAUAUGUGGAAGGAUACCUUUCCAAGGAGAAUGUCUUUGCCUACGGUCACUGAAAACACACAAAGGCAGUUCAUCAAGAGGACAGAGAAUGCAGAGACAGAGGAAAUUAUUCUGAAGAUGAAAGAUGCCAUUAGUGAAAAAAUCAAGUUUGUCCCGGCUAAAUCUGGGCAUAAAGAAUGGAUAGAGGACGAGGGUGGAAGAGCAGUCCUAACAACAAGGCCCAGCACAGCAACAGGCAGCCAGAAAACCUUCAGGAAACAACAACGGUCCAGGUCAGAGGAGUCUCUCAGAAGCCAGGCAGAGGACCCAACCCUCCUAGAGCUUCAGAGAACUCAAAAAGAACUCAGCAAAAGGCUGGAAAUGUUUUAUGGGAAGAAGGAUACAGAUGACAACCCAGAGCCUUGCAAAUCAAGAACAGCACCUUAUUUACUGAGUGAGCAAGUCGCCAUGAGGUCCUCUAGCAAACUGAAAGCAUGCCUCUCAAAGAACUUCAGUAUCCUGCCCAACCAGGAUAAAGUCCCUUCAUUCAAGGUUGACCAAAAUCCUGCCAAUCAGCUGAAUGAAAAGAGAGGCGGGAAGCCUUUAAGAGCUACUGUGCCUACCCAGGAGACUUCAGGAAGCAAAGGAAAGGAGCCUCCUGCAACACAGAAUCUCAGUGGCAGCAGCUGUGCCCCCCGACAGUCUGUCAAAAAGCUGAUUGAAACUUUCAGUCCUGCUGAUGAUCUUGUAAAAGAUGCAUCUUUCAGAUCCUUAGGACCAAUAAAGUGCAUCAGAAAAUUCGGACUUCCAGUCAUUCCACCCACUCUUCCGUUUCAAAGGGGCCUGGCACAUUUGAAUCUUAAGAAUCGUAUCUCACCAGUAGAAGAUGAAAACCCUUCAAACACCAAUGGAGUUUCUGCUAGCUUUCCAAAUGCCUCUCCUCCUGAACCAGUUGCAGAAUUAAGGAAGAAGGACACAAAGGAAGAGACUGAUGAAGACAUUGAGAACCUACCACCACCACCACCUGAAAUGUUAAUGGAUACUUCUUUUGACUCAUCUGAGCCUGAAGAAACUGCAAGAACAGAAAGAAGCUCUUCAGAAGAUGCUAAAAAGCCCAUCAAAACAGAAUUUCACACUACUAAGAGAGCACAAGUUUCCCCAAAAAUGAAAGCCUCCCUUCAGUCGAUAGACUUACUGCCAAGUAAAAAUACCAGUGGCCCUGGUGGAAUCACUAAUAAAGGUCUAAGGAAUACUGGAUCAGGGGAUGAGAAGCUGCAGAAGUACUCUCUGGAGCUGAACCCUACCAACGUGCGCAUCCCUAGCCAGGAGGAGAUACUGGCCACUCAGAGAAAAGAGGCUGCGGAUUUGUACAAGCAAACCCAUAAAAUUAUUCCUCUUCAAAAUCCCAGUGGGGUUUCAAAACCACACAGCAGCAGCUCAGAGAGAAAAGAGCCCAGUUCACCUGCGACAUCAGUGCAGUACCAGAAGCGUGGUUCUCCUGAUUCGCUCAGGAGAAAUGAGAAAGGCUCAGCACUUGCCAGGAAAGUCUCCCCGACAAGAACUCCUCCUCCUUCUCCACCAGUGGAGAAAAGACUUUUCAUCCCCCCUGCACACCACAGACACUCUCUGCAGCCUCUUAGUAACCCACAGUCAAGCUCACCCACCAUGCAGAGGAAACCCAGUCCCCCCACAAGUCCCAGGGUGCCCACUCCACCCUUGCAGAAGAAGACGCCCUCUCCCCCACCCCAGCGAAAACCACUCAGCCCUCCUGCGGGGCACAAACAAAGCUCACCAACACCGUACCAGCUGCUGGGUUCCCCAGCCUAUCGUCGAGAUGCAAGCCCCCCUCCGUUUCCCAUUGCCCCUUCUCCACCAGCAUCCCCCUCCCGCUCCUACAAAGGGUCAAGUGCUGGGCUUGUUUCUGGAGGCGAGCACCAGCUCUCCUCCUCCAAGAGGAGCAGCAACUUACGGUCGAUAUUCUGCCCAGCCAGUUCUUCCUUAUUUGAAGCCAGAUCUCCACUGGUACCCAACGAACCUGCUGCAGAGGUGACCAGCCAGCCUGAAGCUUCACUGCUUUCACAAAAGAGCAACCUGCUUUUCUGGCAGCCCGGAGACCGGGCCAGAAAGCUGUCUCUGAGUGCCUCCAGUCCUCAGCCGUUUGUGAGGAGAAGUUUCUCUGACCGCCGACCAGGAGUCCAGUUUCGUCUUCCAGCUCCUGUAACAGCCAGCAGUGAUCCCGCACUUAACCAAGCAAGCAUGGAGGAGAGCCGCAGAAAAGCAGGCGACUCCUGGAGCAGCCCUUACAUCCCCGAAAUCAGGGACUCCAGCAGAUCUGCUUCCCACCCAGAGCUCUACGUCGUGGGCCAGGGGCUGCAGAGGGACUGAGAGCAGAAGCACUUAAUGCAGGCAGCGGCACGAGCGAAGCCAGGGGCCCUGGCAGGAGGACACAGCCUUACUUAGCCCCCAAACAUAGUUUCGUUUUCUCUCACAAGGAAACAAUAUGAUGGCACUGCAUCUAAAAACCCAUGCUGGCCUCAGCAGUCCAAUGAAACAUCAGCUGGAUGUUUGGAUUGCGUUCCAUGGUCUAACUCGGAGAUUUACAUUGAGCAAAAGAAAUGCUUUGCAUGAGGGCAAGUCUUAGCCAAAUGGGUUUGAUUUAUCAGGACCUGUAGGCAAGUCCUUUGCUCCACUGUUCCACUACAGGAGUUCAGAAACUUCUAGGAAUUAUCAUUAUUUGAUAUGUUAUUUAGGAGCCAUCACAGUUUCAGCUGCACAAAAAGCGGCUGUUGUGGCAUUUCCAGGGGGAGGUAAAAUCCUGAACCAAUUGAGUUUUAGUGCAAAAACAUCAAUGGCUUCAGCAAAGCCACAUCUUCACACCAGGUAUUUAUCAACAUCAGAGAAUAACAUCAAAUACAAAUUAAAACAAAAUAACCACUUUUAAAGGAAUGAAAUUGGGGAUUUUAUUCCCUUAAAAAGGCUUUGAUCUUCUAAAUCACCUUUGAUUAUCCCAUAAUCUCAUCAUCUCUCAUUUCCAGGGUUCAAGGCUUAAUCCUAAUGAGAGUAGUUCUGUAACAGCCCAAUCAAAUACCAUGAUAAAUCCCAAGGCACCUAAGGACAUGUAACAUUUUUUUCUAAGAGAAGACAAUGCCAGCACGGGGAAUCCUGUUCUCCCCAUAACAACUUGAUAUUCUUUCUGAUAUAUGCAGUUUGAGAGGAGUUGUUGUAAUUUCACUGAAGAGCCCAGGCAGAUUCUUGUUAAUAAAAACAGUUAUCUACAGUAAAUUAAUCCCAGGCUUUUGCAGCCCCCAGUGGAAUACAGUUUCAGGAUGUACUGGAUCUUGCUCACCUAACUGAUUUAUAAUCACAAUUAUGAUGCAACUUUUAAUUAAUUUUAAUUAAUUUAAUUUACCACAUUUUCAUAUGCAAAUUUAGUACAGAGUGAGAUCCAGAGAAAAAGUCAUUUGUAGUCCUGUUUUGAUAAGAACAGAUUUAAUUUUUGCUACAGUUUUCCUGAGGGUGGUAGCUGGGCAGCUCACCUUUGCAAAGGAUUUUUAACCCCUUUGUGAUGGAGAACUGUGGCACAUUUUAUGCUGCCUAAAGGAAAUUUUUGGAUACUGAACUGCCUAAUGCCUUAAUCACAACCAUCCUUCUUCAUUAUCUCAGUGCCAUUUUAUGACACAGACACAAGGAAACCUUAGUUGUCACGUUUAAGGUGAAGAAUUGAAAGUAAAGUCACUGGCAGUGAAUGGGUACUUUGGAUCGGCAGGGGUUUGUGAGCAUGAGGCAACAAAGCAGCCAUACCCAUGGUGUCCAGCUGAUCCGCUGUGUUAUCACACAGGCAGAUGCCUCCUCCCUAUUAAAUUAGGAGAUCACUAGAGAGUUACUGCAAGGAUCAUCAGCAAGGAAAGCUCUGCAGGCCAGAAUUCCCUCUGCUCAGAAAUGCAGUUCUCUCCCAGCUGCAUAAAAACACAAAUACACCUCCAUGUAUCUGGGGUCUGUUCUGCCAGCAGUAAACACACAGAACAGAAACAACUCAGAAACAGGACAGCAGAAACCCAGCCCUUUGUAUGCCUAAGGACAGAGACGAAUUGGGAGGACAGCUUCAGCUCAGCUACUACAUUCCUGUUAUCUCUUUUCCAUGCUAAAUUCCCCAGCAUCCACAGUGGGUGGUAAGAGAAAGUAUUUAUUUCUAGUCUCCAAGCAUCAAAUUCUCUGGUGGUGCAAGAUCUACAGCAGCAUGUGGAGUAAGACUUCAUGUCAAUAACCAAGCCGGAAACCUCACCUGUGUGCAGGCUGGACAUAGAGUCAGCCAAAGAAUUUUUUCCCAAAAAACAGGCUCCCCAGAAAGCUCACCGUGGCUGCUGAAGGAUUCCGAUGCCACCUUAAGGAUGCUGCAGCAAACUGAGUGCUGUGUUCCAGAAACAGAACUUCUCCAGGAAGCGUCUAUGGGUUUGUCACAUGAACUCAUGACUGCGUACAGCUAACAGGCUCUCUUCAGUACCAUUACUGUACAGGACCACUGCAAAUAAGGUGUUAACCUUCAAUGUGUUGCAAGCAUGCAAUUAAAAGUAACUAUUGCCUGCAGUUACUGCAGGAAUUUCAGCUGGGCUGGGCACUUUCUUAAAAAAAUACUUGUUUAUUCUACAGGAUUUUUGGACAACACUUCCAUUUUUCAUGCAUAAAACAUUUCUGGAAAACAAUGUAUUUUUUACUGAUGUAAA